AGGUCACCUGUGCCCGGGUACCUGGCCGUGGCUGGGCUGCGCUCUCUGGAGGGAUCUUUUGCGGACUGCGUCGGCUCCGCUCGCGCGCCAGGACUCUGGCCUUGCUGUCCCCGGCGCGGGCGUGCUGAAUUCCGCGGGAAUUUGGCAAUCCAAAAUUGAGGAAUUGUGUGCCUUGCAGCAAUGUCAGCAGAUGCUGUUGCCAUCCCAGAGCAUAUAAAUGGUAACAAUUACAGCCAAGAUAGCAAGCCUUCAAAUCUACGAGUUUCAGAGAAGAAGUGUUCAUGGGCCUCUUAUAUGACUAACUCCCCAACUCUGAUUGUAAUGAUUGGUCUUCCUGCAAGAGGCAAGACUUAUGUGUCCAAGAAAUUAACUCGCUACCUCAACUGGAUUGGCGUGCCUACCAAAGUUUUUAAUUUAGGGGUUUAUCGUCGUGAGGCAGUUAAGUCAUAUAAAUCAUAUGAUUUCUUCAGACAUGAUAACGAAGAAGCGAUGAAGAUUAGAAAACAAUGUGCCUUGGUGGCCCUUGAGGAUGUGAAAGUUUAUCUCAUGGAAGAGUCUGGCCAGAUUGCUGUCUUUGAUGCAACCAACACAACACGAGAAAGACGGGAUAUGAUUUUAGCUUUUGCCAAAGAAAAUUCUUUUAAGGUUUUUUUUGUGGAGUCUGUCUGUGAUGAUCCGGAAGUCAUUGCUGCCAAUAUAUUGGAAGUUAAAGUCUCCAGUCCAGAUUAUCCAGAAAGAAACCGAGAGAAUGUGAUGGAUGAUUUUCUGAAGAGAAUAGAAUGCUAUAAAGUCACCUAUCAACCUCUUGAUCCAGUUGAUUAUGACAAAGACCUUUCUUUCAUUAAAGUUAUCAACGUUGGGCAGCGCUUUCUUGUCAACCGGGUCCAAGACUACAUCCAAAGUAAAAUUGUCUAUUAUCUGAUGAAUAUUCACAUUCAGCCACGCACAAUCUAUCUCUGUAGACAUGGAGAAAGUGAGUGCAACCUUGUUAGAAAGAUAGGUGGAGAUUCAGGCCUGUCAACACAUGGGAAGCAGUUUGCUCAAGCAUUGAAAAGGUUUAUCAAAGAGCAAGAGAUUAUGGAUCUGAAAGUUUGGACUAGCCAGUUGAAAAGAACAAUCCAAACAGCAGAAGCCCUAGGAGUGCCAUAUGAGCAGUGGAAGAUACUGAAUGAAAUUGAUGCAGGGGUAUGUGAAGAAAUGACAUAUGAAGAGAUUCAGAGAAAAUAUCCAGAAGAGUUUGCGCUUCGAGAUCAAGAGAAAUACCUUUACCGCUAUCCUGGAGGAGAAUCUUACCAAGACUUGGUCCAGCGCUUGGAACCUGUAAUUAUGGAACUGGAACGUCAAGAGAAUGUUCUAGUUAUUUCUCACCAGGCAGUCAUGAGAUGCCUACUGGCCUAUUUUCUUGAUAAGAGUGCAGAUGAAUUGCCUUAUUUAAGAUGUCCUCUUCAUACCAUCUUUAAGCUCACACCAGUUGCUUAUGGCUGUAAAUUAGAAAUGAUAUCUCUGAAUGUUGAAGCUGUAGACACUCACCGGGACAAGCCAUUCACAGCGAAUAACCUUCCAAAGAGCCAAACCCCUGUAAGGAUGAGAAGGAACAGCUUUACACCACUAGCCAGUCCGGACACAGUAAAACGUCCUCGCAAUUACAGUGUUGGGAGCAAGCCUCUCAAUCCGGCAGAAUCCCUGCUGUUCCUGGAGGCUCAAGAUCAACAAAAGCUUCAAGACAGUGUUCAGGCGAAAAAAGCUGGCUUAGCAAUGUAGAAGUAUUCCAUUUGUGUCAUAGAAAAACUUCAUGGAUGUCUCUGAAAAAAUUCACCUUCAACUGGAACCACUUGAAAGGUUGUUUGAUGAAGCUGCUGCUGUCUCAGGGGCUUUAAAGCAUGGUGGAUUGCCUCAUUUUCUGGACUUCUCUAGUGUCUCUGGAAAUGGAGUAGUGAACACUUUCUUUAUAAUAGAUAUUAUAUGAACAUUUGAACUUAGAAGAAACUUGCUUUAAAGCUCUUAAGGCCUAAUGAUGCACUUGUUGGAUGUCUAUAAAUCAUAUCUUUCUGAAACUUAAAACACAUCUACAUUCACAUUAUGAACCAAUUUCAUACCUAUUUAACUGUCAUGGCUCCCAACUAAAAACCAUAAGAAAUAACGUUCUUGUAAAAUGUUUGUAGAAAAGCCAUAACAGCUAAAUUACAUUCAAAUGGGUUGAGAUUUGUUGUACGGAUGUGACCCAUAAGAAGUUGGGAUUUAUUGCCUCUCUAAUACACAUAUACAAAUCUGAUUUUGUUUCUUUCUUCAUUUAACUAUUUUAUGCAAAUUGCACUGUGUGACCUAACAGAGUUCUUCCUUAUAGAAAAAUAACUGCAUAAGAGCCUAUAGUACUUCUCAAAUAUGUCUUAGCUAAUUCAAAGGAAACUUUUUCUUAGUCUUCUGACUUGAAUUUAUACUGUUAUACUGGCAGUAGCAUUCAUCCUGGGCACAAAUUUACAAUCAAGAAUCUAUACAGAACAUUUUGUUGAACAGGUAGUGACACGAAUGUCCAUUUAAAUCCCCUUAAAUGUGGCCCACAGUCUUAGGAGGCUGUCUGUCUCGGUUCGGCAGGAGCUAUGAAGCGGUUUCUUUCUUUCAAGGGUAUUUAAUCUUGAAUUCUAGUCUUCAAUCGUUCUUCAGUGGCUAUCUCAGGUACUCAUCCUCAUUGUGGGAUUUGAUGAACAUUGAGUUUUUAAAUGCACAUUCCAGGGUAUAAACGUCUUAGCCAAAAUGAUAGCAAUAAGGUCUCCAAUAGCAAAGGCAAAAUCAGUUUGGCUUUGCUAUUUCCUUACUCAUUUCAGGAGAAAAGCCAAAAGUCAACAAAUACUAGAAGCAGAUUAGACCAUUGCUUGCUAACCAUUCUGAAACAACUACCUUCCCAUUUUGAUAGGGAUAAUUCUAAGUAAAAUGUGCCAUUGAUGUAAGGAUGUAAGGCAAUUAUUAAUAAUAAUUAUUCCUUCUAAUGUAUAAUAAACGUAGCAGAAGCACACCAGUCAGGCAUAUCAUAGUAUUUUUCCAAAAGUGCCAUCUAUAUGAACUAAUUGGAAUUGUUAAUGUUGUAAUGUUAAUGUGUAUAAAUCCAAAUUAGGAAAAUCUGGGUUUCUAGAAAGUCUGCUUGCCAUAUUUUAAAGGUGUUUUUUCUCUCUCUUAAGAUAAUUGCUGCUCUGUACUUCAUGAUCCUUACCUCUUUGCUGAAAGGGGUGUUAUGGCCAACCACGUUGGCAGUGGAGGGGGGUCAAAAUCUACAAGAUGGCGGCUGUGGUGUCAUGACUGAAGCCACAUUCCUUCUGUAUCUGUGACAGUAAAUUGUGAAGCUGUGCCCACUAUCUUGCCAAUUUUGACUUCCCCAUGGACCUAUAUGGCAGUGGCCAAACUAGCCAUGACAUUAAAUGUCUGUUUGCUUUUGCUUUUGCAAAUUCUUUCAAACCUAAGUCUACAAUUUGCAUUUUAAAAGCUCACAUGAAACGCUAAGAUACAUUUGAUAUCAGAACUGAGUUCUGUGCUUGAUGCACAAUAAUUAAUUAUUGACCUUGGAAAGAUCUUUAAAGCAUAACUUCUAUCCUCCAGUUUUGGUCUCUAACGUUUAAAGUUUGCCUUAUUUCUGGUAGAAGGCAUCUUGUAUUUUAAAUAAUUUGGGCAUGCAAAAAUAACACAAAACCCACUGUGCACUUUUCCCUCUGAAUCUUGAAUAGAAAUAGCACAUCAAGUAAGUUAAAGUAGUAUGUUUGAAAGAUUUAUAUAACUGGAUAUAUAUCUUUUUGUUCAUUAAGACCAUAUUAAAAACAAGUUAGUGGCAGUGUUUUGAAUUACUUCUGUUUGCAAAUGAGGCAGGAGAUUUCUAAGCAGAGCAAAAUAUGAAUAAAAGGAAUCAAUUCCCCCCUAAAUGUGGUAUAGUAACGUUACCUUGUCAGUGGUGACUUUUCCCUUUUCUUCUUUUUUAAAUUUAAAAAUGCAUCCCUCUCAUACUUGGUGGAGCGAUUUUUCCACAUUUUCUUUAUUCUUACAAUGAUUACCUCCAAAUGCAUGUGUGGAGCUUUCUUUCAUCUAGUUUUUUUUCCUUCUGACAGAGAACACAUAAUCAUAAAUAGGUAGGUGACCAUUGUGCAAUCAUAUGAUCAUUGUUAGAAGGGAAUAGGUGGAGGAAGAACCCUCACCCUACUCUCAUUGUUGACUAGGAGCUUUAAAAAAAAUAAAAUGGGGAAAAAACCACACUCCUCCCAAAUUUAUCCCAGGAACUGGUGCAGUCCAUGUGAAAGAGGCAGGGGAAAAAUUGCCUCUUUUGCAGGGACUAGUGACUCCUAUGAAUGCCAGAGUUUCAAUUUGAUUGGCACUGGCUUAUGCAGGCAAUUCUAGCCAUUAUUACUCAGAAGUAAGUACCAUAGUCAUAGGAUUUUAACCUCGGUGUUACAAUUUCAGCGUAAAGGGUAAAAUUAGAGUAGCCUGCAAAAUAAAGACAUUACCAGGACAUUUCAUUUAGUGCACCAGUGCCACAUUCCAGUAUUAUUUUAUCUAAAUGCAUAGUACGGAUUAAUUUUAAAAAAUCUGCACAUACUGUACCUCUUUAAUACAGAUACGCACAACAGACCAAUAAAUAUUUUGCACAAGUAAUGAAAAUGUUUCUCAGAGUGAACCCCUGAUUAUAUCAAGAGAUAAAUAAUAUAUAUUUUUAUGCUAGGACAUAAUGUAACUUGGGCAAUGUUGUCACCUUAAUUGAUAAUAAUUGUUUCUCUAAUACUAGCAUUUGUACAUGAAAGAAAGGUUCUGAAUCUAAACUGAUUGAACCUGUCAACAUCCUAAGCCACCAAGAGCCUGUGAUAGCCAAGAUGCUUUCUGGUCAGGGAGAUAUGAUUUCUUUUUUAAGUGUGUAUAACUUAAAGUGAUGUAAGUGAUAUACUGUUGCCUUAAGCUGAGAAUGGGUUAGAAAUAUAUGUGUAUUUCUAUUUUGAAGCAUACCCAUUUGUAAUUAAUGUUUUAAGUACAAUACUGUGCUAAUUGUAGUUCUUCACAAUAGUAUUCAUGCUCAGUGCCUAUAUAAUAAAUUAUGAUGAUGCUUAAUAA